AUGGCCGCCGGAGCACUGCCGCAAGGGGCCUCCUCCCACCGGGGCGGCGGCGGCGGGAAGGAGGCGAUGCCUUGUUGGGCGUCGCUGCACAUCGACCUGACACAGCUCAUCGCCGCGCGGGUGCUCGCCACGGGGGGUUUCCUGGACUACGUCCGCUUCCGCGCGGUCUGCUCCGGCUGGCGCGCCGCCGCCGCCUCCCCGCGCGGCCGCGGCCUGCUGGACCCGCGCCUCCACCCGCGGCACUGGAUGCUCUUCCCCGAGGGCUUCGGCCGGCACCCGGGCCACCCUGCGCACGGCGGCCACGCCCGCUUCUUCGACGUCUCCGCCGCCGGCGCCUUCGUCCGCGUCCCCAUCCCGGAGCUCGAGGACCACCACGUCCUCGACUCACCCGACGGCCUGCUCCUCCUGCUGCGCUUCGAGGACACCGCCCUCCGCCUCCUCCACCCCUUCACCCGUGACGUCGCCGACCUCCCGUCCUUCCACUGCCUUGCCCAGCAGGUGAAGCACCUGGAGGAGCUGCCCAACCGCAUCAGGCUGUUGGAUGCUGCUGAUGUGUUUUAUUUCUACCGGGAGCUACUCGGCGAGCUUUGCAGCGCCGUCAACAUCACGGCCUCGGGGACCAUUACCGUGAUGCUAGCGCUUGCUCCUAUUGGCCGCGUCGCGGUUGCAUCAGCUGGUGAUGAUGAGUGGACUAUAAGCAGCUGGAAGGAGGACGAACUGGAGGCGACCCUGCAGUAUCAGGGGAAGCUGUAUGUGGUGUAUCAGAAAGACUGCCUAACACAUCAUGUCUCCCUGAUUGAUCCUCCGCUACCUUGGUGUGAUGGGGAUGUGUCAUUAUCUCCACCAACAGUGCCUCCACCAAGGACAGUCGCGACAGUAUCAAGCAAGGAAAUCUACUUGCCUUCUUUGGUUGAAUUGGACUCGGAGAUCAUGCUUGUCGGCUACAAGAAUAGGGCCUGUUCAUGCCUUUUGGUUCUCAAGCUUGCUGAUCUUGUCUUGGAGGCAUAUGCUCACUUUUCUCCAUGA